AUGCAUCAAGAAGUGGCCGGAUUAGUGUACUCGUGGGGCAGAGGAGAGGACGGACAGCUAGGCCUGGGAGACACAAACGACCAGGACAGGCCCGUCUUGGUUGAUGCUCUCAAGUCCAAGGGUGUCGUCCAGGUCGCCUGCGGGAGCGGGCACACCGUGGUCCUAAGCGAGGAUGGCGCUGUGUACACAUGGGGGCGGGGAGACGACGGGCGUCUCGGGCACGGAGACAACGGCUGGAAGUACGUGCCGCGGAUUGUGGAGGCGCUGGAGGGGCAGCGAAUCGUGCAGGCAACAUGCGGAAGCUACCACACAGCCGCCGUAACGGACAAAGGAGAGCUCUACACCUGGGGAGGCGGCAUGUACGGGAAGCUGGGGCACGGUAAUGAGAGCGGGCACCCGACUCCCUGCAUGGUGAAGCACCUUCGGGACGAGGGGGCGAGGGUCACGCAGAUCGCUUGCGGCAGCCGCCACACCGUCGUGCUCACGGACCUGGGCAAGGUGUACACGUGGGGGGACAAGGAGAACGGGGUGGUAGGGCACACCAACGCGGACGGCCACCAGUACCUGCCCCGCAUGCUGGAGUCCCUGCAGGCCAAGACCGUGACCCAGGUGGCGGCGUGCGGCUUCCACACGGCCGCCCUCACGGCCGCGGGGGAGAUCUUCACCUGGGGGGAAGGGAAAUUCGGACGCUUGGGCCAUGGAAUGGAACGAAAUCAGAUGGUGCCCAGAAUGGUGGAGGCGUUAAUGGGGAAGCGGGUGGGACACGUGGCGUGCGGAGGCUUUCACUCGGCGGCGAUUUUGGACUCGGGGGAACUCUACACUUGGGGCGGCGGCGAGCAUGGGCAGGUUUACACCUUCGGGAACGGGGACCAUGGCAAGCUGGGCCACGGGGAUGUGAGAAAAGUCUCGGUGCCUACCCUCGUGGCCGGGCUCGUCAAAAUGCACGUCGUCAAGGUGGCGUCGUACAACGAGCACACGGCAGCGUUGGCGGGAGCGAGCUCGUCCACGCCGGCAUUGAGUUCCAUGUCUUCGUCGUUCAUGACGGACAUCCGAUCACUCCUCGACAACCAGGACCUCUCAGACGUUACUUUCGUCGUGGAGGGAAGUCCGGUGUAUGCACACAAGGCUCUAUUGGCGGCGCGCUGCCAGCACUUCCGCGCGAUGUUCACAUCGGGUAUGCGGGAGAGCCACGAGCAGGAGGUGGUCAUCCCGCACGUCCGGCUACCGAUCUUCAAGGUCCUCCUGGAGUACAUCUACGCCGACAGCGUCGAUGUGUCGCUCGAGGACGCGGUGGAGCUGUUCAUCGCAGCGGACCAGUACACGUUAGAUCGUCUCAAGGGACUGUGCGAGCUAGCCGUGCAGAAGGGAAUAACCGCGGAUAACUCCGCCUCCCUCCUGCACACCAGCGACGACCUCCGCGCGACCCGCCUGCGUGAGAUCUGCAUGCGUUUUGUCGUGCGACACUUCGACACCGUCUCCAAAUCAGAGGGAUUCAAGGUCUUGAGCCGUGAGUUGAUAUUCGAUGUGCUCAGCAGCCGAUGACUCAUCGAGAACCAAGGGAGUCGAGCGGAGCGGCUCGCGCGUAGUACGCUCCGGUUUUUGGAGAGUCGCACCGUACAGCAGUGACGGCGGUUAUAGCUUUAGCGUCAAUACGUGGUGGUAGUGUUCGCCUGUGGGUCGGGUUUGUGCCAGUCGAUGGACCGGGCAUGUUUGUGUUUGUGUCUUGCUGCUGUUGCUGCUACUUGCUGGGAGGGAGGUUUCAGAGAGAUAGGGUCCCAUGAGGGCGCACGCACCGUUGUGAAGAUUUGAGUGUGUUGUAAUAUUAUGACAAUUGUGUUUCGUAUGUUCGUUUUUUUUUCCGACGUGUGUGUGUGUGUGAGUCCGUUUCGCCCGCCAGGGAGUGUUUUUCUUAGGGUCGACAAGCCCUCGACGUAAGGAGGAGGAGGAAGAGGAGGAGGAGCCACCUGCGUAUGUGGUGGCAGUACAGAAGUAAAGAAUUGUUGUUGUGCAUAGGGGAUCAUCAUCCCGCCGUUCGAUUUUGUUUCAUGAUGCACAAGGUGUGCCUUAGCAGUAGUGCCCACGCGGCCUCAAAUUACGCCUCGUUGUGUUCGUGCUGUUUUUUUUUGUUGUGUUUCGCGCGGGGCGGUAGUUGGCGACGGAACACACUCGUGCUGUUUGCUUGUUGUGGACAACAGACGCGUGGUAUCGUUUUUGUUCCUCAUUAUUCACCACCUCUUUGCCGUGGCCAACUGCAUUCAAUGAUGGUUUUCGUUUUUGAUGAAUGCACGGAACCAUGUCUGUGACGGGUUGUCACAGCAAGAGGUGUGGAGAACAAUGUAGCCGAUGGCGACAGAACUACCUGUGAUGAAUCACACGAAGGCGGAGCCGGCGUCGGUAGAUUGUCGUUUGAUAUUAUGUGUGUUUCUUGCACAUGAUGAUUGUAAGCAGAAAUAAAAGUGUC